AUGGAGCUGGAACACCGCUAUUGCCUGGGCCUUUGCUGCCUGGUGAACGGAGGUCGUGAAGUAGGGGAGUGGAUGAGUAACGACAAGCGCCUUCCCCUUAUUUCCGCUACCGGCUCAACCCGUAUGGGACAAAAAGUAGGCGAAGCCGUAGCCCGCAGGCUGGGUAAAUCCCUGUUGGAGCUGGGCGGUAACAAUGCCAUUAUUAUUACUGAGAACGCAGAUCUGGACUCUACCCUGGUAGGGGCCGUGUUUGGAGCUGUGGGUACGGCCGGACAGCGUUGCACCAGUACCCGCAGACUGAUCAUACACGACAGUAUGUAUGAGGAGGUAAAGGAAAAACUGAAAAAAGCCUACGGACAGUUGCGUAUUGGUGAUCCUCUGGAUACCAAUAAUCAUGUAGGUCCACUGAUUGACACCCUGGCGGUGGAUAUGUAUGAGAAUGCCCUGGAGAAGAUCGGUAAAGAAGGGGGUACCAUGGUAGUGGACGGUGGCCGACUGGAAGGAGCUUCCUAUGAAAGCGGUUGCUAUGUAAAGCCUUGUAUUGCCGAGGUGCAGAAUGACUAUGAAAUUGUAUGUACGGAGACUUUUGCACCCAUUUUAUACCUGAUCCGCUACAGUGAGCUGGAUGAAGCCAUUGAAAUGCAGAAUGCCGUACCGCAGGGUUUGUCAUCGGCUAUUAUGACCACCAAUAUGCGUGAAGCUGAACGUUUCCUUUCCGCAGCCGGUAGCGAUUGCGGUAUUGCCAACGUAAACAUUGGUACUUCAGGAGCUGAAAUUGGCGGAGCUUUUGGUGGUGAAAAAGAAACCGGUGGUGGACGCGAAAGUGGUUCCGAUGCCUGGAAAGCCUAUAUGCGCAGACAGACCAAUACCAUUAACUAUUCCACAGAACUUCCGUUGGUCUCCCAUCAGGCGGUUCUGGUCAAAGGUUCCCUGGUCGCGGUUGUAGCGCAGCAGGAAACGCUCGCGAAUGGCAUAGGUUGCAAAGGCUUCAUCAAAACGGAAUACCUGGGUGAAUUUGUAUACGGAGGUAUUGACGGUAGUGUAACCACCUUUGCCGUAGUAGCCGGUGCAGCCGGUGCGCAGCUGGAUAGUGCGGUGGUCAUUAUUCUGGGUUUUGCCAACCUGCUGGCCGAUGGCUUUGCCAUGAGCGUGGGCAGUUACCUUUCCACCAAAAGUGAAAAAGAAAAUUACAAUAAGCACAAGGACAUUGAAUACUGGGAAGUAGAUAACCUGCCGGAAAAGGAACGGGAAGAGAUCCGCGAGAUCUACGAGGCUAAAGGGUUUAAAGGUGAAUUACUGGAACAGGUGGUGCAUGUAAUUACCGAAGACCGCCACCGCUGGGUGGAUGUAAUGAUGAAGGAAGAACUGGAGAUGACGGAAGAAACCAAAUCACCCGUAGCUAUGGGGGCCGUAACCUUUAUGAGCUUUCUGCUUUUUGGCUUUAUUCCGCUGCUGGUAUACGUUAUUGAUUAUUCCUCUGGUUUGGAUGCUGAUCUCUUUUUGUGGUCAUCUGUAAUGACAGCCGUGGUGUUUGGUCUUAUUGGCUACCUUAAAGCG